AUGUGUGGUUCCGGGCGACAGGAGGAGCAGAGGGGCAGAUGCAGACAGCAGCGCAGGUGUCCCAUACUGAUCUCCUCAUCACAACCGGAUGGAGCCACGUUCGGCAAAUAUAGGCCUGUCCCGGUCAGCCAGGGUGCUCGUGGCGUGAUGAGCUCUCCAGUGGGUGUUGGGAGCUGUGCGGAGCUGGAGGGCCAUCACAUUAAGCCUGUUCCACUCUGGGUCUGGAUGAAGGACACGGAGAUGGAGGCUGCAGCUGGGAGCAGACGUGUUUGCUUUGUGCCUCUCCAGGAACGCACAGAUUAUGAGCGAGCCGAGGAUGUGGCUGUGUCUUUCGUGUCGGUGUGA